GUCAUCCGAUUUCUGACAAUUCGCGUAUCGCAACGACUGUGAUUUAAAAUGAUAUCAAAAUUACUGGUGGUUUGCUUGGCUUGCUAUUCGCUGGCAGCUGAGGAUGUCCUCAUCGACAUACCGCUUGGGACACUCAAAGGAUCUAAAACCAAUACGAUCGCAGAGAAUAAACCGAUUUACAGUUUUACCGGAAUCCCUUACGCUAAACCGAUCGAUACCGAUAGUAAAUUCAAGGUCGCUCAACCCGCGGAAGCUUGGACGGGAGUUUACGAUGCCACGAGCUCGAAAUCGGGAUGCACAUCAUUCUGCAUGGUGCGAAAAAUGAUCGUCGGCAACGACGAUUGUCUAUUCGUGGACGUUCACACGCCUGAGCCUAAUAAGGAUGCUCGAAAGGCGGUGAUGGUAUGGAUCCACGGUGGAGGUUUUAACAUGGGAUCCGGAACUGACCCGAAUUUCUUCGGUCCGGAUUACCUGGUGGAGCAGGACGUAGUUGUCGUUACUUUUAACUUCAGAUUGGGAGCGUUCGGAUUCAUUAGCACUCAAGACGCGACUGCACCGGGUAAUGUGGGGCUCAAGGAUCAAACACUUCUGCUCAAGUGGGUUCGUGAUAAUAUACAGUAUUUCGGAGGGUGUCCCCACAGGGUUACUCUAUUCGGUCAAAGCGCCGGGGGUGCCGCUGUGCAGUAUCACAUGCUAACACCGAUGUCUGCUGGACUAUUCCAAAACGGAAUAUCCCAGAGUGGAUCGGCGCUCAAUCCAUGGGCGAUAUCGUACAAACCCAGGGAAAAUGCGUUUAGUUUGGGGAAAUCUUUGGGCAUCGAUACGUCAGAUUCGGAGGAAUUGAUUAAACAUCUUUCUCAAAUACCAAGUGAAAAAGUAGUCGAGGCUGCGAUGGAUCUGGAUACAACUCAGAACAUCUUCAACGGACGUCUUCACGCUUUUGUACCGUGCGUUGAGCCCGACGUCGGCCAAGAAAUUUUCCUCUCUCAAAAUCCCUGGGAGCUUAUGAAGUCGGGUAAAAUCGCGGACAUUCCGUACAUGGCGGGUUUGAAUGCGAACGAGUCGUUGAUGAUGGCACCGGUUGUGACGGGAAUGGCGGAGAUGAUAAACGAUCAUUUCGAGUUAUUCGUACCGGAAGAUUUGAAUCUCACCGACGCGCAAGAACGAAAACGAAUAGAAAAUUCUUUGAGGGAAUUUUAUUACGGCGACAGAGAAGUCACCAAGGACACAAUCGAAGAAUUCAGCCAGUUGAUGAUGGACACCAUGUUCGCCGCAGGCGUUCAAAUUUCGCUGGAAAUUAUAAACAAUCGGAAAUCCUCGCCAAGUUUCAACUACCUGUUCACGUACAGUAGUACGUCUAAUGCAGGGAUAAUGAAAUCUCUUGGCUUAUACGACGGUGAAGGAGGUGUCCUUCACGGAGACGAGAUGGACUACAUGUUCUUCGUCAAGGUGUUCAGAAGUGGUCUGAAGCCGGGUUCUCCAGAGGAGAAAGUCACCCACUUGAUCAGCAAACUUUGGUCGAACUUUGCGAAGACCGGAAGCCCAACACCGACGUUGGACGAUGACGUAACGUCGAACUGGGAGCCGAUCGGAAAUGAACACAACUACGCGAUUCUUGAUAAAGAUUUGACGAUGGAGAAGAACAUGCUGAAGGAGAGAAUGGACUUGUGGAUUUCCAUGUAUAAGGACUUGCUCGGCGAUUAUAUCAGACAAUGACUGCAGUAGCUGUUACAGAAUUACAAUUGCGCCACAUGUUUUACGUAGUUUAAUACGAAUAAUCACGUUGUUUCAAACGAAAUCAAUAAUUCAGACCAGUCGUUUCGA